UCUUUGUUUUUCUUCAGCUACAUGACAUAUACACAUUAGUUCAAAGCGCACAGAGAAAGAAAGGAAAAAAGAAAAGAAUAAAAGAAGGGAAAAUCAGAGAUGCGCUUUACUCUAAGCUUAGCUCUUUAUUGUUCCCAAAAUCCAAACUCAACGUGUCCAUUUACUCUACAAAGACUUUAAGAAAAGAAAGAAAGAAAGAAAAACCGCGAAUUAUUAAUUCCCAUUUUUGGGUCUUACUUUUUGUUGUUUUUGGCGCUCAAUUCUUGUAUUAUAAGCUCGUCGAUUUUAAUUUCAAGGAUGAGGCUUGCUAAAGAUGAAUCAUCAUGUAUUGCUGAACAAGUCAUUGACUUAAUUUCAGCAGUUAAAGAAUUACAUUGGCAUAGUUCUCAAGAGCUUAAUAAACUUAUAAGGGACUCCGAAAAUUUUACAAUUCACUUCCUCACUGAAAAAGGAUCAAAUUUAAAGAUUGAUGUGGAAAAACUGGCAGGAUUUCUUCCUUUGCAUCUUAUUGCGGUGCUUAUGUCAUCUGACAAAGAUGAAUCGCUGUUGAGAUAUUUAUUAUGCGGUAUUCGACUUUUGCAUUCCCUGUGCGACCUUGCACCUCGGCAUACUAAACUUGAGCAGAUUUUACUUGAUGAUGUAAAAGUGUCGGAACAACUGUUGGAUCUGGUGUUUUAUGUACUAAUUGUUCUUAGUGGUAUUAGACAGGAGAAGCAUAAUUCAAGCUCUGUGCCCCUUCUGCAUCCUGCACUGGUAGCUUGCAGUCUAUAUCUAUUAACAGGAUGCAUCUCUUCGCACUGGCAAGAUCUUGUUCAGGUGUUGCUUGCACACCCCAAGGUUGACGUAUUUAUGGAUGCAGCUUUUGGAGCAGUGCUUGUAGCCAUCCGGUUUCUCCAGGUCAAGCUAUCAGCUCCAUAUACUGACUUUCACAUGAGAUCAAGUCCAACAGCUGAACAAAUAGUUAACUAUCUAUGCCAACAAUGCGAAGCUUCUUUACAGUUUCUUCAGUCAUUGUGUCAACAAAAAUUGUUUAGGGAACGCCUACUUAGAAACAAGGAACUAUGUGGAAAGGGUGGUGUUCUUUUUCUGGCCCAGGCCAUCUUGAAGUUAAAUAUUAUACCUCCUUUUAUAGAGUCUUCUACAGUUGUUGCUGCUGUAUCCAGACUGAAAGCUAAAGUACUAUCUAUUCUAUUGCAUCUGUGUGAAGCAGAAAGCAUAUCUUACCUUGAUGAGGUUGCAAGCUCUCCAGGAAGCUUUGAUUUGGCCAAGUCUGUUGCAUUAGAGGUUCUUGAAUUAUUAAAGGCUGCACUUAGUAAAGAUCCCAAACAUCUUACUGCUAGUUCUGAGAGAACUUUUCCCAUGGGGCUUCUGCGACUCAAUGCAAUGCGUCUGGCUGAUAUUUUCUCAGAUGAUUCCAAUUUUCGGUCUUAUAUUACAACAUGCUUUACAAAGGUUCUGACUGCCAUAUUUUCACUGCCUCAUGGAGAGUUCUUAUCCAUUUGGUGUUCUUCUGAACUUCCACUGAGAGAGGAAGAUGCUACUCUCGAGUUUGAUAUAUUUAUAGCAGCUGGAUGGGUUUUGGACACAAUCUCAUCACUGAACCUAUCAAAUGCUCUAAAUUCAGAAAUUACUCUAAUCCCCAGUAACAUGCCCCAAGCUACCUAUGCUCAUCAGAGAACUUCAUUAUUUGUCAAAGUAAUCGCCAACCUUCAUUGUUUUGUCCCCAAUAUUUGUGAAGAGCAGGAAAGAAAUCUUUUUCUUCAUAAGUUCCUUGAGUGCAUGCGGAUGGAUCCAUCUGAAACUUUGCCUGAAUUUUCUUUUACUUCAGAUGCUAACAAAGCCAAUACUGUUUGCAGGAACCUGCGUUCAUUGCUAAGCCAUGCAGAAUCUCUGAUUCCUAACUUUUUGAAUGAGGAGGAUGUGCAGCUCUUGAGGGUGUUCUUCAACCAAUUGCAGUCGCUAAUUAAUACUGCUGAUUUUGAACAAAACCAGGUUCAAGAAAUCAAAUUUGAAAGGUCGAUAUCUUUGGAGAAGUUCUGUAAACUGGACAUUAAUGAACAUCAACAGGAGGCUCAAAGUACAGGGGGAUACUCAUCAGCUUUAUCGAAGAAGGAACUGUCAAAUCGUAAUAUAAGUAGUAAUCGGAAAGAGGAGAUUUCUGAGAAUUCUGCUUUCCUAGAAGAGGAGCAGCUUAGUUUCAGAAAUGAGCAUAUGAAAUAUGGUGAUGAUGCAAUGAGGGAAGAAAAGGAUAAAUCUGGUGGGACUGCAUCUACUAUUAAAAGAGAGAUUGACAGAGAUUUUCAGAACAUCGAAACAAGUGGUUCAGAUACCAGUUCCACUCGGGGAAAAAAUUUUGCUGGCCAGUUGGGGAAUAGCGACUUUCCAAAAUCAAGCGAGCAUAAAAAAGAAAAUGGCCUUCAGGGAGUUCAAGAAGGUGAAAAAGUUGAAACUAUUCAGUUUGAAGAAAAGCAGCCAAGAAAACGGAAAAGAACCAUAAUGAACGAGUAUCAAAUGUCAUUGAUUGAGGAAGCCUUGGUGGAUGAACCUGAUAUGCAUCGGAAUGCAGCUUCUUUACAGUCAUGGGCUGAUAAGCUAAGUCUUCAUGGUUCUGAAGUUACUUCCUCACAGCUAAAAAAUUGGCUCAACAAUCGAAAAGCAAGAUUAGCACGUGCAGGUGCAGGUAAAGAUGUCCGUACACCUAUGGAGGUUGACCAUGCUCUUUCAGAAAAGCAAAGCGUGCCAGCUCUGCGACAUUCACACGAUUCAUCUGAGAGUCAUGGCGAAGUUAAUGUCCCAGCAGGUGCAAGACUUAGCACAGCAAGAAUUGGUUCUGCUGAAAAUGCUGAGAUUUCUUUAGCUCAAUUUUUUGGUAUUGAUGCUGCAGAACUUGUUCAGUGCAAGCCAGGGCAAUACGUUGUGCUUGUAGACAAGCAAGGGGACGAAAUUGGUAAAGGAAAAGUGUAUCAAGUGCAAGGUAAAUGGUAUGGGAAGAGCUUGGAGGAAUCGGAGACUUGUGUUGUGGAUGUUACUGAGCUCAAGGCUGAAAGAUGGGUGAGGCUUCCGUACCCAUCUGAAGCCACAGGCACAUCAUUUAGCGAAGCUGAAACAAAGCUUGGGGUAAUGAGGGUGUUGUGGGAUUCAAAUAAAAUAUUCAUGUCUCGGCCUCAGUGAUGGUAGAAUCCUUCUAGUGUCUAUAGCAUUUUGUCUCUGGGGUAUAGUUCUUUCUUUUCUAGUUUAUUAGAUUUUCAAUAUAAUCAGGUUCAAGUUUUGUUUUU